AUGGGAUGGCAGACACAGCUUACGCUCCUCCCACAGCGGCUCACGCGGCGGCUGGGAGAGCCAGCUCCACAUGAGGUCAGCUUCCGACUGGCCGUCACUGCCCGAUGUGGUGCUGCUGCAGGCAGCAGCCCUACUCGGACCCAGAGAGGUGUCGGGCUUGGCGGUGACGUGCACUUCCUGGGCUCGGAUAGCCCAAAGACUGACCGAUCUCAGGCCUGGCUUUGGUCGGUGGUGGCUGCCUGUAGUCUGCCGGUGGACGUUUGCAGCCGCCUGGAGAGUUGGUGCUCCGCGCGACAACGACCCCUCAGGCAAGGCCUUCAGCUGUGGCUAUGUCGGGCAAAGCUGUGGGGCGCUCCAGAGGCAGCUUGUUGCUCACCGGUAUCUAUUUCGGAGUCUCCUCAUUGGGGAGCUGCAGCCGCGUGUUGCACCAGCUGGUGCCCCGAGGCACCUCAGCUGGCCAUGGGUUUCGGCGACUCCACGCUGCACUUUGGCGCGCUGGAGCCAGGGGAGGGGCGUGGCUUGCGGGGUGCGUUGCCCUCCAAGUUCCGCUGGGAUGCCUCGGUUCGCUCAGCACACGGUGAGGGCCCCAGACAGGAUGGGCACAGGGAUGGGCCCAAGAUGGGAAGAUCGGAGCCUAUGGAGAACUUCACUCUGCAGAUCUCCGUAGCCUCCACCGAGACGGAUCCUCGAUUGCUCACUUGCGGCGAUGCAGGUGAAGUACUCCUCUACAGCCCAAACAGCAUACCUGGCGCUCCUCCCUUGCAGCGCCUCCGAGGGCAUCAUGCCGGUGCCUACUGCAGCACGUGGCUGUCAGCCAAGAGUUGCGCCACUGGCGGCUUUGACCGUCGGGCCUUCCUUUGGGAUUUGCGACAGCAAAAACCUCGUGCGGCGAUGCAGACACGGCAACACGUGUAUUCAAUGGCGGCAGUUGAGAAUGACCUGUUCGUUGGCCUUGGGGAAGGUUGCAUCGCGCAGUGGGACCUUCGCUUCGGCCCACCGGUGCGGGAGCUCCGUGGCCAUGGCGCGGCAGUCGAAGCUUUGGCCGUGGUGCCUGGAGCCCUGGCGAGCGCUGGCUCCGAUGGAGUGCUACGCCUUUGGAGCCGACAGGGGGAGCCAACGUGGCAUUUCUCCACCCGGGGCGCGCUCACCUGCAUGAGCACCGUGGCAGAAGACUCUUUAUUGGUCGGAGGCCAUGGCUUGCCUCCCACAGCGUUGUCCUUGGACUAUGACAAGGCCAUUAUGCACGUGCCCAAAGCCUUGAAACAGAUGAACCUUCCCAGCAUGAGGAUGGAUUUGGAUGGAUGGGAUAUGGUAGACAUACUGAUCUGCGGAGGCGUCGCAGGGCAACGUUGGCCAAGACCUCCGAGUCCUGUGAGGAUGGCUUCUACCCAGAGGAGAGAGGUACUUUUGACCGGAGUACGAAGCAGAAGGCCGUACCAUUGGGAGCCACCGGUGCAUCACACCGUGCCUUCUUGUGCGGGCUUCGACGCUGAGGUGCAUGGGCUAAUGGACCAGGGACAAGCAGGAUCUUUCUGGAGGCAAUUUGUUCGGUUCUGCCAUGCUUCAAGACGAACACCUUGAUUCGGCGAUGAUACCUCAUGCCUCAUGCUGGCUGUUUUGCUCUGAAAUGCGAAAGCCGCUAUA